AUGGUGGACCCGACGCAUCAUGCGGAUGAACGACAGCCGAUGGCAAAAGCAGUUAGUGAUUGGAUUGUUCGGGAUGUCAAACGUCUUGCAGGAAGACCACCUGUCCGCUGUUUACAGUUCUUCACGAAAACCCGUGAAGAACAGCAUGAUGCUCGACGAAUCCUUGGAGCGAGCAAAGCCUACUCAGCCACUUUUGCACGCGGUAGGAAGAAAUAG